CCCGACCGCGCGUGCACACCUAGCUGACAGGAAGCAAACUCGCCUGUGUCUUGGGACUCUGAAUGUCUAUCUCUUGAAGACUGCUCAACCUCGAUCCUCUUUACUGAAGGACUUACGUCAAGCUAUGUCUUGAACAAGGAUUUUUAGUGUCAGUGUUUUAAAGGUUGUCAACACGUACAGUAUAUCAAGAUAAGAUGUGGUAAUGCUGUUUGUCGUCGAGUGCUUUAACGCAGGCAACAAAAAACAACGAAAUAUUGCUUGGUGACCCCGCAACACUAUUCCAAGUGGUAUAGGCUGUGGGCGUGGUGUGGGCACGAUGAACCAGCUGUGUCGAGUGUGCGGGGAACCUGCCGCAGGUUUUCACUUCGGCGCCUUCACCUGUGAGGGUUGUAAGUCGUUCUUCGGGCGGACGUACAACAACGUGUCGUCGCUGGGAGACUGUAAGAACGGCGGCCGCUGCGUCAUCAACAAGAAGAACCGAACUUCCUGUAAAGCUUGUCGCCUCCGGAAGUGUCUGGUGGUGGGCAUGUCCAAGUCCGGCUCCAGGUAUGGUCGACGUUCCAACUGGUUCAAGAUUCACUGUCUACUGGACGACCCUGGGUCUUCCCCGCCCGGAACCCCAACUGACCUGGGUAGUGAGGUGGGGUACUGGGGCCGCGGCGCCAGUGAGGACGAGAGUGAUACCGUUGACGUGUGUGGCACCGACACACCUCACCACUCACCCCGUCGCACCUCACCGGCGCUCAGCAGUCCAGACUCUCACGCCUCCGACAACUCCGUGGAAGCUGCUCCUAGACCCCCUCCAGGCCUCGAGUAUUUAUCCCUGUAUCAGAAAUUUUCAGUACUUCCUUCUUCUGGUUUAUAUUCAGGGCCAGCUCUUAACCCUCUUCUGCUGACUCACCUCCCACUGUCAGUCUCACCCUAUUCCAAUCACCCCUUUGACCCGUACCUGCAACAAGCAUUCCAUGGUACACGGCCACACGUGUCAGCAUACUACAGUCGUGGCUACAACACCAACAACACUCCCGCCUUCAGAAGCUUGCAAGUGACCCCUCCACAAAGCAUCAACACAAACAAACCUUCCACAGCGACGCGACACUUCACCCUCCCAACCAAGCGCCUUGCAGAAGACCCUCUGGUACUCCCAUCUAUCAAAAGGAUGCGACAAUUGGCAGAAAAUGAAUCACAAAUAUUUUCCAAACCCACACUGUCUUCAACUACUGAACUGUCAACAGAAUUCACUUCCCUAAGUAAAAGGAUAACGUGUCGGGGCUCUGAUGAGUACAAGACUUCUGGGGGCGAGACGCGACCCUCAUCCAGUUGUGAAGAAGACAGAGAAGAAGACUCACCCAUUGACCUGUCAGUGAAGGCAACUGUGUCUCGAUCUCAUCAUACACGCUGGCUGGAGGAGGAGAGAUCAGAGCCUGAUAAUUCAAUCAUCCUUGACCUGUCAAUCAAGUCCAGAAGCGUAGAUCAUGUAGAGACAGUCAGGCGCCAGUCAUUUAUGCAUGAGAAACCCCAAAAUUUUCGAACGCAAAGUGACAGUAAAUGUAGGAUGACCAUGUCUCCCCCAGGAGAAUUUAGCUCCUCGGUGGACAGUCAGAACCCCAGCGGGAACACCACCAUCACCAGCUCGCCACCUCCGCUCAGCUCCAUCUAGUGACAACUUACAGAACUUCGCGUCCUGUGAGACACGCUGAGAUCUCUCUUAGUUAUAAGUCUUAUUUAUUGUUUGUUGACGAUAUUGAUUACGAAUAUUUUGUAAAUGAUUAUUUAUGAUUCUGUAUAUAUAUUUAUGAACGUUUUCCGAAUGUCCUCGAUGGUUGAACGAGGACGGUUGUGUUGUUCCUCCAGUUUUAUGCACAGUCCCCGGGGGUGUCAAAUAAAUAUA